AUGGUGUCACUUUGGGGGAGCAAUAAGAAAGACAAUGGUCAUGAACCUGAGGACCAAAGGGCUCCUUCACACAGUCAACCGAACAGACCGUUUGAGAGCGUUAAUGAACAGACUAGGCUGCUAUAUGGUCAUGAUCAAGGCCCUGGGUACCUUAGUCCUGAUGAUCCAGCGGUAUCUCCCUACAACCUCUGGAGCGUCCGAGCUCUACGAUGGCUCGAAGUUCUCUUCCUCAUGAUCACCUGCCUGUGGUGGGUGCUACUACUCAUCUCUAUCUUCGCCAGCCCUCCUCGUCUGCAUUCAAGAGGUUCGGGCUUCUUUGAUGUCGCCUAUACCACUCUCACAAUUGGCAACGUUUUGACGGCCCUCCUAUUCUUCUCUACCCCUUCAACUCCAAUGAGCAUCUUGAGCAUGGCCAUCUCUGCGCUCCUCCUUAUCGACAUGGUCAUCAUCCUCGCCGUUCCUCGCCUCAGAGUUGAAGAAGGUUGGAUUGGCGUCGUAUCCGUGGUUUGGGCUGCUUUCAUCGGCUUCUACAACGUUAUGACAAACAGGGCCGUGAGAUGGGGCAAAGCUGAGGAGGAAGAACGCCUGACCGGGCGCCAGGAGACACGUCGUCCUCUACGAGAAUGGUGCGCCGUCUUCACUGCGACCAUCUUGAUGAUGAUUUACGUCCUCAUCACUACCCUGCUCACCGCAACUCUCGUUUUGCGGUCAAGGGAUGCCACCUUGGAAGCUCCCGGCAAGAGAUACCUGGUAGACGGCGAGAAGUACAAAGUACACUUGGCAUGCAUGGGUAAUCAGACCUAUGGUCCAGAUGGCAAGGCCCAUCCGACCGUUCUGCUUGAGGGAGGAUAUAUGCCGGUGGAAGAAACUUUUGCGGUUUGGGUGCAUGAUGCCUACAAGAAUGGCACAAUUGAUCGCUAUUGCUACUGGGAUCGACCGGGUUUGGCAUGGUCCGACAAUGCGCCAUCCCCGCAUUCUGCUGGGAUGUCUGCCGACGCGAUUUCUGAAGCUCUGGCGAUUGCGGGUGAGGAGGGUCCUUGGAUUCUCGUCUCCGCCGGCAUCGGCAGCGUUUACAGUCGAGUUUUCUCCGCCAGACAUCCCCGCGCUAUCUCCGGUAUGAUGAUCAUCGACGGUCUUCACGAAGAUCUCCUCUAUAGAACUGCCAAUCCUGGCCGAGGAUUCGUGUUGUGGGGACGUGGUAUCAUCUCUCCCUUAGGUCUGGAUCGGUUGGCCGGGGCUCUCUUCAGAGGUCGCACUAAAGAAGACCGGGUCUUCGGCAAGUCAUCCUAUCAGGGAGGCAAAUUCAUCAAGAACAAACUGCAGGAGAACCUGGUUGCCGAUUCACUGACGAAGAAUGAAGUCGCUAGUGCCCGAAAUAUCCAAGACCGCAAAGUCCCUCUGGUGGUGGUCACCUCCGGAGUCCAUCUCAAGCAAGACAAGGAAUGGGAGCGAAAGCAGGAAGAUUUGACUAACGUCACCGAAAAUUUACUGGCUUGGGACAUUGUCAAAGGAGCGCCAGCAGAAGAGGUUUGGCGGUCGCCUGAGGGUCGCAGGAUAUUGGAGAAGAGGUUGGCAGAGCUGUACAAGAUCUGCUUUGAUUUUGACUGGCAGGAGGCAAUGGCCUGA